AUGCAUAUCGAAGGCACGGUUGUUACUCUCAGGGAUGCGGAAAAUUCAGCGGCCAGCGUCGAUAGGCUUCCACUGGAGUUGCUGGCGUACAUCUUCCAAGUCUUACAGCUCUUGCUGGGCUGGCCCCAAUUGCCUGGCCGCUCCGGUACCACACCCAAAGCAGCAGCAACAUGGAUUCGCGUUACGUGGGUGUGCCGCUACUGGCGUUGCGUUGCUCUCGAUUGUCCUACACUGUGGGCGUCGAUUGUCGACUCUGGCUGGUGGAAGAACACGACCUGGCUCACCACAUUCCUGGAACGUUCCGGAGAGACGCCUCUACAAGUAAAGCUUGAUGAUAAGGAUGCGGACCUCGAGGCCGCAGUCAUUGCGAUCCGACCUCUGAUUCAUAGAGUCCGUCGACUAGAGCUGUGGACGUUUGACCAGCCACCCUCCUCGGUACUAGCCCAGUUUCCCGGCCGAUUCGAUGUCCUGAAGGAAGCCCAGCUAUUCUGUUGCUACUACGACCGUUUGUCAGGCAGUCGCCCCGUUGACGACGAGCUCUGCCUCUCUCCAAGUCACUUCCCUUCCUUGCGCUCCUUGACUCUCAGAGAUGCUCAUCCAGCAUGGGAAACCUUCUCGUUGACAAACCUGGAGGUAGUAAUCCAGUUGAGCGCCACCGAGACAGGUCCCUCCGUCGCCGCAACCCUACGUCUCAUGAAAAAUUCUCCUCAUUUACGGAUCUUCAAAACCAGCUACACAGAACUAGCACCCAGUCUUGAGCCUCCGCAUGACGCGUACGGUACGAUAUUACUCGCACGCCUCGAAGCGCUGGAACUCGUAGGGUCCCCUCGCGAAGUCAUAUACGUGCUCGACAGGAUCAUCGUUCCCUCCACAUGUACUGUCAAUGUCAAGUAUAUCGGUGACCGACAUUCCGGCUUCCUCAGUCCCAUCAGGUCAAUAUAUCCCUAUCAGCUGGCCUUCCAGAAUCUGAUUCCCCAUUACACCGCCCUCUAUCUUCAUUUUGCCAAUCACCGUAUCGGUCUGUACGGUAUGCUUGACGACGGGGACCGCUGGACGCACCUUGAAAUCUCCGGCGAGCCUCUCACUAUCGGAACCAUCGUCACCGAGGACACUUGGACGACCUUGCUUGGCGCAUUUGCAAGUUCGCCGCUGACAUGUAUCAGGAUAUACUGCUAUCUGGACUGGAACAUCUCUUACCCCAUGUGGAUUGCGCUCUUUGAGCGCUUUCCCCUCCAUACCCUCCAGGCCAGCUUCCGAUAUGCGCCCUCAAGCGGGCUCCCGAGCCUCCGAAACCUCUUUGAUGCCCUACGAGCCCCGUGCUCGAGUACAGUCCGCCUUCUUGAGCUCCACUACCUCGACAUCGACGCGGCGCUGACAGACGCUAUCAUCGACCUGCUCGAGCGCCGAGUGGCGACGAACAUGCCAUUGGACGCACUUAGGUUUUGUGGGUGCUACGUUGAGGAACCAUUGGAUCCGCAAGAAUUCAAGAGACGAUUGGCGCACUAUGUGACCGCUAUGUUCGAGCGCCACCCAUGGAUCUUCUCGUAA